AUGGCGGUUUCUGGAAGAAAAGCAGUGGCACCAAUCACAGAUUGGUUUGAUAGUGAUAAAAAUCAUUUUUGUGAUCCGUGUAAAACUGAUGGUCAAAGUGUAAAAGCACGAGGAUAUUGUGAAGAUUGCCAGGAAUAUUUAUGCAGCUCGUGCUUUUCUUCUCAUAGGAAAACAAAGGCGUCAAAACAUCAUAAAUUACACGAACGAUCCGACGCUACAAAUACAUCUAUAUUAGAUGAUAAAUGCCCAUUUCAUGACACCGAAAUUGUCAAGUUUUUCUGUCCUAGACACGAAGAACUUGGAUGUCAUGAUUGUAUGGUUCUCAAGCAUAGAACAUGUGAUCUUGAUUAUAUCCCUGACACGUGUAAAGGAAUAGCUGACAGUAAAGAGUACGAUGACACGUUGAAAAUGCUGGAGUUAAAGUUACAAGCAACAAAAAAUUUAGACAGAGAAAUUUCUGACAAAACUACGGAAGCAGAUGAUUGUUUAACUCAAGCGCUUAAAGAUAUUGACGACUUUGAGUACCUAAUCAUCAAUCGUAUAAAAGAAAUGAAAACUAAAGCUGUUGAAAAUGCAAAACAAAUGAAUGAAUCAAACAAAAGGACAUUAAAGACAGCGCAUGAAGAAUGCAGUAAAGUUUCCUCAGAAAUGAAACAACUUCAAGCCAGUCUAAGAGACAACAAAACAUCCGGGAAGGAAAGGGAAAUAUUCAUAGCUGUAAAGAAAGCUAAAUCUCUAGCCGAUGAUGAAAAGAACACUGAAGUUUUAACAGUACUACGGAAACUUAAAACAACAUGCACCUUCAAACGGAACGAAGAGAUAGAAACUGCAUUAUUUAAGAACACUUUAUUUGGGACAUUGGAGACGACUCGUUCUGUAAGCUCCUUACAGCAUUUAAGGGACAUUAAAAUAAAAACUUCAUCAGAUGUGAAUAAAUGCUUCAUAGCAGGGUGCUCAUUUAUUCCACCAGAUAAAGUUUUACUUGCAGAUGAAGAAAACAACAAACUUAAACUGUAUGAUAUCAACAAUGACCGUUUGAUAAAAGAAAGACAGGAACCGGGAGGCCCACUGGGCGUUGGUCUUAUAUCUCAAGAUGAAGUAGCUGUUGCGAUGAAAAGAAUGAAAGCAGUUCAAAUUUUCAAGACUUAUGAUGACCUAUCCCUAGUUCGUACUGUUCAACUUGAUAGAAAGUGUUAUAAUGUCACAUAUAACCAAGGAAAGCUGUAUGUUAUUUGUCGGUAUCCACACAGUGUGUUAGUAUUAGAUCUUAAUGGAACAUGGGAGACAGAAAAUUUUCCCCUAGAAACAGCUUUUUAA